AGAGGGUGACCACUGACUUGGAUAGACACCCCUACAAGACCACCAAAGAAUACGCGACGGCAAACCCUGUGCUCACCGAGUAACGACCUUACGCUGUUUCCCUCUUCUCCUCCAGCUCCCAGCAUGCCGUUCAUAUCAUCUCCAGUUUUGUUUCCGCCAAGUGCCCCGUCCCCAGACUCUCAGAAGCGCAAGCAUGACGAAUCUCAAUCAACAGAGCCCAAACGACAAAAGAUAAUGGGCGGGUUUCUAGACGAUGAUGACGACAACGAAGAUGAACUAGAGGCUUUUCACGAUGCCCAACUUAAAAGUCAGUUUGACAUCGAAGAACAAAUUAUCGAACAGCCGUCCGCAGAGCUUCCUGAUAUUCCUAGACAGCCACCCCCCGUGGUUACAUCUAUCCCUGAUCGGAGUAUAUUAGAUACAUCCCACACGCCAUCAAGACGAGCGCCUAUCUCAAUUCAGAUCAAGACAUGUUCUGGGAAAACGCUAAGCGUUCCGUUGAGACAAUCCUCUGCUCGCGUCUCUUACGAGAGGCUAGUUGCUGGUCGAUCAAUCACUGCUCCUGGGAGAGCUCAGAAAAGUUUUUACGGCAUCGAGAUACAUAAACUACUUGAUGAUGUUAAGCAGGAGGCUGCCCAGACUGAGGUGUCUAAACCACUCCCCAACAAACCCGCUGUAAAGCCGUCGAUUGAAGCCCCUCUCGGGGAUCAGAAGAGUAAAAGACUCUCUGCGGCAAUGUGGACAGAAAAGUACCGCGCUCGCAAAUACACCGACCUCAUUGGGGAUGAACGCACUCACCGAUCUAUCCUGCGCUGGUUACGAGCAUGGGACCCCAUUGUCUACCCGAAUAUUUCCCGGUCUAAACCAAAGAAGCCGGCUUUUAACACCGAAGAGGAGGAACGGGUUCACCGAAAAGUUCUUCUUCUUUGCGGUCCGCCUGGCUUGGGUAAAACUACUCUGGCUCACGUCUGCGCCAAGCAGGCGGGGUAUGAGGUUUUGGAAAUCAACGCCAGCGAUGAUCGAAGCAGAGAUGUGGUAAAGGGGCGAAUCCGCGAUGCUCUCGGUACGGAGAAUGUCAAAGGAAGAAACGUAGAAGUUGGCGAACAGAAGAUACGCAAAGUUGGACGGCCUGUUUGCGUUGUUGUCGACGAGGUGGAUGGAGUCGUUGGUGGAUCCGGGGGUUCUGGGGAGGGAGGUUUUAUGAAAGCCUUAAUCGAUCUAGUACUUCUAGACCAAAAGAACUCCACCCGCACAUCUGAACAAGCAUCUGGAAGAAAAAGAAGGGGAGACAACUUCCGAUUUCUUCGCCCGCUCAUUUUAGUCUGCAACGACGUAUACCAUUCGAGUCUACGGCCACUGAGAGCAUCCUCUAUCGCUGAGAUUAUUCACGUGCGUCAGGCUCCCUUGGAGAAUGUUGUGACUAGGAUGAAGAAUAUCUUCACACUGGAGGGAAUUCCAGCUGAUAAUGACGGAGUGAGACGUCUUUGUGAAGCAUCCUGGGGCCUUGCCAAAAGAAGGCAAAGAGGAGUUAAAAGCAGCGGAACGGCAGAGGGGGAUAUUCGAAGCGUCCUAGUAGCUGCCGAAUGGGUGGCUCAUAAACUGAGAAGCGAAAGCACCUCUGCUUUGAGGCUAACGAAAAGCUGGCUUGAGCAGCGGGUCCUUGGCGAUGGCGGAGGCAGCUCAUUCUUCAAAGGCUUAAAUCGCGGUGGAGUGCGUGAUAUUGUAGACCGUGUCUUCACCGAAGGAGCAGGGUUCCCUGAUGUGCCCCUGGGCGCGGGCUCGUUCCAAGACCCGUUUGAUCGCUCAGGCGGAAAGACACCCGUGGACGUCGCAAGCAUGAAGAAACGCCAUGCCGUCACUAGACUCCGCGAGAUGGUCGAGGCCAGCGGGGACCAUGACCGGUGCACUGCUGAAUGCUUCACUUCAUAUCCCAUACAACCAUACCAAGACGACACAUUCCUCUCGAAGCCCAACCUAGCCUACGACUGGCUGUACUUUCACGAUACCCUGUCAUCCAGAGUCUACUCGGCCCACGACUGGGAGCUUGGCCCAUAUCUCAGCCAGUCCGUCACAGCAUUCCACCUCCUUUUUGCCACUGCACAAGGCCGAGUUCAAUGCAAAGAGCCCGACGAGGACGAAGAAGAGGCGCACCCUUUCUCGGGACCUCGAGCUGAAUUCGCCGCCUUUGAGGCCCACAAACAAAACCAAGCCCUAAUCACAGGAUUCCAAUCAUCCUUCUCCGCUCCGAUACUCCGUCUUUUCCGAUCAACAGAUAGCCUAACCACUGAGCUCCUCCCAAACAUCGUACAGAUGCUCUCACCAGACGUCAAGCCCGUCGUCGUCCGAGGAAACGGCGACCAGAAGAGCGUGGCCAGCGUGCGCAAAGAAAGCGAACGAGCUCUCGUCCAAGCCGCCGUCCGAGUGAUGACCGGCCUAAACGUGACAUUCGAGAAAGUCCGAGUCGAGAACGAGGGCGGCGCAUAUGGCGGAUGGGCGUAUCGAAUGGAACCGUCAGUAUCCAUCCCUCUUCCUCUUCUUCUUUUCUUCUUCCAGUAUCUAACCAAUCCCUCGAAACGCAUACACAUAUAUAUAUAUAUAUAUAUAUACAGACCCCUAGACUCCCUCGUCACAUUUUCCAAAACCAACGGCCUCUCCACCCGCACCGCCCCAGUGCGGUUCGCCGUCCGCCAAGUCCUCGACCAGGAAUACCGCAAGGAAACCACGCGCAAGCAAUCCGAGACCCUGAGCGCCAUGCACCAACCCAGCAACAGCCGGAACCACCUCCCGCGCAAGCCCGCGGACGCCCAGGACGCAGCAAGCAAGGUCCCAAGACCGGGGCGUGCAGUGAAGCGUGACUUUUUCGGGCGAGUCAUCGAGGAUCCGACGACGGUGUCUGGGGCGGACGAUGCGCCAGCGACUCGAAGGGAGGCUUCUUCUUCUUCUUCUUCUUCUUCUUCUAACACGGAGAGGAAGGUCUGGGUGACGUAUCACGAUGGGUUUUCGAAUGCCGUGCGCAAGCCGAUUUCGUUGGCGGAGUUGUUGGCUGGGUUGUAGGGUUAGUUUCGAGUAUAUUAAUUUGUUCUCGGUUGUAGGAAUGAUGUGUCAUGAUUGUAUGAUUUGAGUGCAUGCCUACCUAAUAUUUUAUACACACAUAGAGAGAGAGAGAGAGAGAGAGAGAGAGCUUCUCUAUAAGAAGGGUGAAAAGGUGGUAAACCAGGGCUUUUAUUUUCUAGCACUUAUUCAGGGUAUGACACCAAAAAAAAAGACAUGACUAUAUAUACGCAUGCAAAAGAAAACCAUAGAUAGAUAGCAUUAGCAUCAGGGAGAAAUAGAAAGAAAAAAGAAAAAAAAAAAAGAAUUAUCUACGCCUGGCUCUUCAACUUCUCCGUCAACUCAGGAACCUUCUCAAACAAAUCCCCUACGAGUCCCACAUC